CAAGACCAAGGCUGGACAACCCUUCCCUGGAGUGUGGUGGAAUUUCGGACCGCACUCUGGGGCAGGGAAUCUCAUGCACGGAUCCAGGACCGGAGAGGGGCCGGAGGUUCCUGGAGAGGGAGCGAGGCCAACCUGCCGCCUCUGGGGCCCGCAGGUCGCUUAGCAUGACCGCUGGCAGGAGCGGGUAGACUGACUCACUGGCUCCCAUCAGCGUCUGAAGGUGACACUGAAACGCGGGUGACCUUGCACCACCAAAGCAGGCCUUCCACCAGUUCAGCUCCAAAGUCCAGAGGAGCAGAGAGGCGGGACCCCAGUCAUGGGCAGAUGGCCAGCCAUGUGGUGCGCGGCGCUGUUUUCUCUUUGGGCCUGGACUCGUGCAGAGCCCGCCUUGCAUGGGGAGAUCCUGUCCCCUAACUACCCGCAGGCGUACCCCAACGAGGUAAAGCAAACUUGGGACGUUGAGGUUCCGGAAGGCUUUGGGAUCCACCUGUACUUCACCCACCUGGACGUAGAGCUGUCGGAGAACUGCCUGUAUGACUCAGUGCAGAUCGUGUCAGGAGGCGUUGAGGAAGGGAAACUCUGUGGGCAGAGGACAAGCAAGAACCCCAGCUCCCCAAUCAUAGAAGAGUUCCACAUCCCGUACAAUAAACUCCAGGUGACCUUUACGUCGGAUUUCUCCAAUGAAGAGCGUUACACUGGAUUUGCUGCCUAUUAUGUUGCUGUCGAUGUAAACGAGUGCAUGGAUUUUGCAGAUGUCCCUUGUAGUCACUUCUGCAACAACUUCAUUGGUGGUUACUUCUGCUCCUGUCCCCCAGAGUACUUUCUCCAGGAUGAUAUGAGGAACUGCGGAGUCAAUUGCAGUGGGGAUGUAUUCACCACACUGAUCGGGGAGAUUGCAAGUCCCAAUUAUCCCAAUCCGUACCCGGAGAACUCAAGGUGUGAAUACCAGAUUCGGCUGGAGGAGGGCUUCCAAGUGGUGGUGACCAUGAAGAGAGAGGAUUUCGACAUGGAACCAGCCGACUUGGAAGGGAACUGCCCCGACAGCUUAGGGUUUGUCACAAGGGAUCAGCGGUUUGGUCCGUACUGUGGGAAUGGAUUCCCUGGGCCACUAACUAUAGAAACCAAGAGUAAUACUGUUGAUAUCGUCUUUCAAACUGACCUAACAGGGCAAAAGAAAGGCUGGAAACUUCGCUACCAUGGAGAUCCAAUCCCCUGCCCUAAAGAAGUCUCUGCCAAUUCUAUUUGGGAGCCUGAAAAGGCAAAAUAUGUGUUUAAAGAUGUGGUGAAGAUAAUCUGUGUGGAAGGAUUCGAAAUUGUGCAGGGCAGUUCCAGCUCAACGUCUUUCUAUUCUACUUGUCAAAGCAAUGGAAAGUGGAGUGACAUUUCCAGAGUGAAAUGUCAACCUGUAGACUGCGGUACUCCUGAGCCCGUUCGAAAUGGCAACGUUGAAGAGCCAGAAGAUACUUUGUUUGGUUCUCUCGUUCGCUAUGCUUGUGAGGAGCCGUAUUACUACAUGGAACAUGAAGGGAGUGCCGAGUACCAGUGCUCUGUUAACGGGACCUGGGUGAACGAGGUGCUGGGCGCAGAGCUGCCGAAAUGCGUUCCAGUGUGUGGAGUCCCCAGUGAGGCCUUUGAGAUGAAACAGCGGAUAUUCGGGGGAUCCUUUGUGAAGAUUGAGAGUUUCCCCUGGCAAGUGUUCUUCCGUUCCGAGUGGGCCGGGGGCGCCCUCCUUGAUGAGCACUGGGUGCUGACUGCGGCCCACGUGGUGGAGGGAAACCCUCACCCGGCCAUGUACGUGGGCUCCACCACCGUGCAGACCUCGGAGCUGGACAAGGCCCAGGCGCUCACCGCUGAGCGGGUGUUCAUUCACCCAGGCUGGCACCCGGCGCCCAGCCAAGGCGCACGCAAGAAUUUUGACAAUGACAUUGCGCUUGUGCGGCUGAAAGAGCCGGUGAAGAUGGGCCCGACUGUGUCCCCCAUCUGCCUGCCCGGCUCGGCCUCCAAGUACAACUUCUCCGUGGGGGACCUGGGCAUGAUCUCAGGCUGGGGCAAGACGGAGAAAAAAGAUUGGGUUUUGAGACUCAGAGGGGCCAAGUUACCCAUAACGACCUUAGACAUGUGCCAGGAGGUGAGAGGGAAAGAUUCGCAAGUGGAGCCCAGGUCGUACGUCUUCACCGAGAACAUGUUGUGCGCUGGAGGGGCGGGCGUGGACAGCUGUCAGGGAGACAGUGGGGGGGCUUUGGCUGUCAAGAAGCUCAUUGAAAAGAGCCCCAAAUUCUAUGUAGCUGGCCUGGUGUCCUGGGGACUCGAGUGCGGGACCCACGGGAUCUACACCAAGGUUCAGAACUACAUUGGCUGGAUCAGGGCAACCAUGCAGGAGAACAGCACCCCCCGUGAGGACUGACGGAGCCCGGGCGCUUGCUCCUUGUCAUGGCCCCUCCCAUUCGCCAUGACCAAGAGGAGACAGGGCCCUGGGUAGUGCAGAGUGAGACAGUCAGGAUACCAGGGCGGAGGUCGUGUUUGGUCACCCUGUUGUGUUCGAGACUCAGGUGUGGCCUGCAGGUAGCCUAGGGGAGGCCACUCCUGUCUCCCGAGAUUCUCCAGGGAUUCCGUAAGUUUCUGUGUCUUCUUUUACUUGUUUGAGAUUCUAUUUGCUGUACCAUCCUCAAUGCCCAUUCAUUAUCUGCUCCCAAUAAAGCACGUUUAUAGCUCA